AUGCACGCCUGCCUGCCGAGCGUGAGCAUGCUGAGCCUGGCACACAACCGGCACUUCACGGCGCUGCACACGCGCAGCUUCGAGGGCCUGCCGUCCCUUCGCCUGCUCGACCUGUCGGCCUGCAACCUCUUCUCGCUGCCCGACCGCAUCCUCCUGGAGCUGCACGCGCUGCGGGAGCUGCGCGCCUGGGGCAACCACAUGCGCCGCGUGCCGGGCGCGGUGCAGGGCCUCUCGCGCCUCUCGCACCUCUACCUGGGGCAGAACAACAUCGAGGCCGUGGCCUACAACUCGCUGCACGGCCUCGUGGGCCUCGUGCUGCUCGACCUGCAGGGCAACCACAUCUCGGUGGUGCACAACAGCUCGUUCCACGACUGCUCGCACCUGGAGGACCUGUACCUCAACGACAACGAGAUCUCCUCGCUGCCUCCCCUCGCCUUCAUCGGCCUGCUCCGCCUGCGCCUGCUCAACCUCGGCGGGAACCGCCUGCGCGCCGUGACCGGCAGCUGGUUCUGGUCGCUGUCUGCGCUGCGCGAGCUCUACCUGGACCGCAACGAGCUGUCCACGCUGGACGCCGGCGCCUUCCGCCAGCUGGGAGUGCUGAACUCGCUGCACCUCAACCACAACAACCUCACGUGGCUGUCCCAGGAGGCCCUCGCAGGCCUGACGUCGCUGCAGCGCAUCUACCUCUUCCGCAACCCGUGGCACUGCACGUGCGCGCUGCGCUGGUUGCGCGGCUGGGCGCCGGCGCUCGGCGUCAGGGUCCGCGACGUCACCUGCGCCUCCCCCGAGUCGGCCGCCGGCCUGGAGCUGAGCGCGGUGCCGUUCCGCUACACGGACGCCCGCGAGUGCCGCCCCGGGUUCCAGCGGGCGGCGGCGGCGGUGCCGGCGCGGCCGAGCGAGGGGCGGCUGAGCGCGAUGCUGUCGCGCAUGCUGCUCGAGACGUUCAAGAACGCGAGCGGCGCGGCCAACGCCUCUGACGGGACCAACGGCGGCGGAGUUUGGGGAAACUGGACCGACGGCGCCACCUCCGCCUCCUCCGUCUCCUCCAGCGCGAGUCUGCUGGCGUUGGCGGUGGUCGUCGUCGCCGCCGCCGCCGCGGUGUGUCCGCCGUGACUGUAGCCGGCGUUGGCCUUCGUUGGCCUGCAGUUACUCGACGAGGUGGCACGGCCGGAGAUGCCGAGCGUUAUUUGGGAGCGGAGCCGCCGGGAGCCGGGCUUUGGCUCGCUUGCGCUCGGCGGAGCUGCGCGAUGUCGUGUGCACGGAGUGAAGCGUACUGCUGAAGGUGACGGGAAAAGGUGCAGGCCACGAGAUUGUUGCUUUUUUUUCUAACACCAAUGCUGGCGGAAAGAGCCUCCACUCGAGGGAGCUCUGAGAGGGUAUUUUUGGCCUCCUUCUCCACACGGGCCAAAGAUGGAGGCACAGCACUUUCCAGCUUCGAACCACCACACGCGACCUCCCCACUGUGGCGUGCCCAUUUAUACCGCUGGGUCGACAAGAGGCAGAGGGAUUUAAUACAUUUGUGCAUUGUUUCAACUGCUAUUCCGGGAGAGACCUGGAUUGCAAGUCUGGUAUGCCAACCAUUACAUCAUGGUAGCAGACUGUAGAGUUAUUUUGUUCAUCGCAAAAGCUGGGCUGGUUUUAAUCUGAGCGCAGUUCGUUAAAAGCUUCACUCUUUCAAGGGUAUGAUUCACGUGGAUGUGGUGGCAAUGGCCCUCAUCUAAUUUUGGGCCAGAUUUGUUGCAAUGCCUCCAACCCCAACACACGGGCAAAUCACCAAAAACUUACAUUUGCUUGACUUGUUUAGUUUUAGAUGUAAAUCUGGUUCCAAAAAUCUGUUUGAAAAAUCGAGAUGUGUGUUCACGCAAUGGCAACCCAAUCUACAGUUUUAAUUUUAGUGACCAACUAAUUUUUUUGUAACCACGAUUCGCUGAACGAUGCUAAGGCCAUGAUCCCAGAUCAAAUGUUUUUUGUUGCUGCCAAUAUCUUUAAAUACACCAACUUGUGUCACCAAAUAUUUGCCACCGCCCGUGGUACCCAAUUCUACUCUGGCCGCCUGGACUCUAAGUGGAAUGCAAUGUAUUUAUCCACAACGUGAGUGAUGCAGUGUGCAUGCUAACACCCUCUAACGUUGCAUGUUAUGGCCAGGUGAAGCAAAACGUGUCGAGAGAUUAACAUUCGAGGUCUACUAGGGGAACUGUGGGAGGUGGGGGGCUUGGCAAGGGCUUCCAUCCAGCAGGGGAUUUGACUAUGGAUGACGCCGAAUGGCACCGACAUGAGCAUUCUUCCAUCCGGCAACGGACAAAUGGUGGACGGUUAAAAAAAUUCAAACAAAGACUGAAUACGGACGCACGUAAAAGUUACUUAAUAAUGUAUUUAAAAGUACAUCACAGCAAA